AUGAGCGGCAAGCACAAACAGAACAACGAUGGCCACACAUACCACUUGGAUAUCCCCUAUUCAUAUACUUGCAUGCUAUUUGACCUCCGCGGCAUACCGAUAAGUCUAUCAGAGCGCCAUCUGACGCCAUAUCAGUUGCGUGCUUUAUCAGCGAUCAGCGUAUCUUACCGCGGAUCAACCGCGGCAUGCCGGUCACGCGGCCUCGGUCUCCGCGGCGUCGACGCCAAAAAAGUAGCCCCCGGCUACGUCUUAUACACACCACUCACCUCCAACACCGCGCACCUCGUAUCCACCACAGGCGAGGAGGUACACAAAUGGGAUCUUCCUUACCGCGCAGGCCGGCACGCCCGCAUCCUCCCCGACGGCAACCUCGCCUACAACGGCGUGCACCCAGACGGCCCCCGCCUGUUCCCCAUGUGGGCCAAGUACCGCGGCGGCAUCAUGAUGCAAGUCUCGCCGGAGGGUCAAGUGCUGCGCGAAUACCAUGAUCCGCGCGCGCACCAUGACCAGAACCACCUUGACGACGGCACGCUCCUCUACACAACGUUGGAGCCAUUGACGGCUGAAGAAGCCGCAGGCGUCCGGGGCGGGAUUCCGCACAGCGAAGCGCCGGGCGGGACGGUGUACGCCGACUGCAUCAAGCUGGUUGAUCCGUGGCGUACAUCCAACAAGUCAUCAUCGGCUGACUUUGAGAGCAGAAGCGAGGCUGGCACGACUGGCGGCGGCGCAAAGCUUCUCUGGUCGUGGCGGGCAGUCGACCACCUUGACCCCGAGCGGUUCCCUCUGCUUGCGCACUACCCGCGCGAACACUGGCCGCUGAUCAACAGCGUCUCAUUCGCGUCUGAUGGCAACAUCAUUGCGUCCCUGCGCAGCACGUCCGGCGUGAUCGUGAUCAGUCGCCAGACGGGAGAGGUGUUGUGGCACCUUGCGCCGCCGGUGGUCAGCCAGCAGCAUUGUGCGCAUGAACUGCCGUCCGGGGAGAUACUUGUCUUCGACAAUGGGGUGUUCCGGCCUGGGGUGUCGGUGCCGUUCUCGCGAGCGAUUAUUGUAUCUCGUGAGACGAAGGCGGUGCGCUGGGAAUAUAAGGACCCGAGUACCGGGGGCUUGGGGUUUUUUACGCCGUUCAUGGGGUCUGCGCAGAAGUUGAAGAACGGGAAUGUUCUGCUCUGUGAGGCGGCUACUGGGCGGAUCUUGGAGGUGACAGAGACGGGGGAGACGGUCUGGGAAUUUGUCGUGCCGCAGUUGAGUGAUUACAAGGGCGUGAUGAGCGCGGAUGAGCUGGAGAAGAUGGAGCGGAUGGGAUUUGCGUAUGAGAGCAAUGCUAUUUUCAGGGCUUAUAAGUAUCUGCCUGAAGAGGUGCCGUGGUUGAAAUAA